AUGCAGCUCUCAUAUCAAGAAGGCUUAGAGAUGAACCCCGAACCUAUUUUAAUCUCUCCCUCCAAAAGAUCAGUCCAGAAUGAGACACACGAGCCAGAAAUGCCCACUAUUAUCCCGGCGGAGCACUGUAUCGUUACGAACUUGCCGAGCUAUCGGGAUCUGAAGGAGGGAUUCAGCCGCUUUGGCAAACUUGAGACAUGUAAUCAAGCGGUGGACGAUUUGAGUGCUGCUGAAAGUCUAUUGCAGCUUGCAAAAUACCCAAAGAGAUUUCUCUAG